GAGUAAGGCUGUGACUAUGCAACGUGUUGAGCAGCUGAACUAUUCUCUUGAACUCCUCGUCCUUCAGAAAAGGAUAACUCCAACUUUGAACAAGACCGACGGGGACAUACUGUUUUUUCUGUCGUCAUUGUCCAUGCAUUUGUUUUUCUCUUUAAAUCGAUGCUUUUUUUCUUCUCUUUGUUCUGGAUGUUGGUCUCUAAGGAUGUAAUGUUACUGGAUCCCGCAGGAUUUUGGACCUUUUUUUAAAACUUGGACUCAACACUUCUAUUCAGCUUUUCUUUAGAAGGGUUUCCCCUUUGUUUAUGCCCCCCCUCCCCUUUGGCAUUUCCUACUUUUAUGUGUUUUUCUGACCCUGUCACUGCGUCCAAAUGAGUGUGUUGCGCUGGCACCGGCUUUCUAUGCUGUGGAAGAACUGGAUGUUCAACCAGGAGCCUGUAGAGGAGCAGGAUCAGAUCUCAGAACCUCCAGAACAUGUAGAUGACCUCCAGAAUAAAGAAGAAAACACAUUUAAGGAUCUUAAAGCUGAGCUUAAGUCCCAAAACUUGGAUAGUAGUGACAAGAAGACAGGAAGUGACACACAAAUCUUGGAGCUUAAGAACCGCAACUCAUUAAAUAAAAUCCAAAAGUCUGAACUGCUGAAACGCAGCAGCUCCGAGCCAUUCUCUCAGGACUCAAAGUGGGAAACAGAGUCUCACACUUGUCACCGACCCGAAAGUUUAGGAUGCAGUCAUCGCAGAAGUUGCUGUUCUGAGGACGGGUUUGACUUUUCAUUCCAGGUGGAUAACGGCAGUGAGGGGGACGACAGCUUUUUACAGAGGGAGGGAUCACAGCGAAGGUCCAGACGGCGCUUCAGGAGGGUCAAUCCAAGGGGAGAGCGGGAACUCAUCACAGACGGACAAGAACCUGCUGCCUACAACACGGAUCAUGUCAACAACCAGCUUCCUGCUGACCUCAAUAAGAUGCACCUAACUGACCACACCCAUCAGCAGGUGAUGCACGUGCCUCCCAGCCAAUCAGGAUGCAGCAUCGCCAGCGACUCAGGAAGUAGCAGCUUAUCAGAUAUUUACCAGGCUACAGAAAGUGAGCUGGGAGAUGUGGACCUGUCUGGGCUUCCAGAGGCUGCUGUAGACAGUGAAGAAGAAGAGGAGGAAGAUGAAGACCUGGAGAGAGCCUCAGACACUCUUCUGGGCCGAGACCUGGUCCGAGAGUGCCUGGAAAAAGACCCAGCUGAUCGCAAUGAUGACGACAUUGAGCAACUCCUGGAGUUCAUGCACCAGCUUCCUGCCUUCGCCAACAUGACCAUGUCGGUGCGGAGGGAACUGUGCAGCGUCAUGGUGUUUGAGGUGGUGGAGCAGGCGGGCACAGUCAUCCUGCACGACAAACAAGAGCUGGAUCUCUGGUAUGUUAUACUGAAUGGAGCAGUGGAAAUUAGCCACCCAGAGGGAAGAGUGGAGACUCUCUGCAUGGGCAACAGUUUUGGCAUCUCGCCAUCGCUGGACAAACAGUACAUGAAUGGAGAAGUUCGCACCAAGGGAGACGACUGCCAGUUCGUGUGCAUCGCCCAGGAGGACUACUGGCGCAUCCUCAACCAUGUGGAGAAGAACACACACAAGGUGGAAGAGGAGGGGGAGAUUGUGAUGGUGAAAGAGCACCGUGAGCUGGACCGCAGUGGGACCAGGAAGGGACACAUCGUCAUUAAGGGAACCCCAGAGCGUCUGAUCAUGCACCUGGUAGAAGAGCCUUCUGUGGUCGACCCCACCUACAUUGAAGACUUCCUUCUGACCUACAGAACCUUCCUGUCCAAUCCCAUGGAGGUUGGCAAGAAACUGCUGGAGUGGUUCCAGGUGGACAGCCUCCGAGACACGGUAACGAGAAUAGUGCUGCUGUGGGUCAAUAACCACUUCAAUGACUUUGAGGGAGACAUGGCUAUGACACGCUUCCUGGAGGAGUUUGAGAAACACCUAGAAACUUCGAAAAUGAAGGGUCAUUUGCGGCUGCUGAACAUAGCAUGUGCAGCCAAAGCAAAGUGGAGGCAGAUCACACUGCAGAAGGCGUCCAGGGAGUCGCCGCUCUACUUCAGCGUGCAGGGUGGCAGCGAGAGAGGCUUUGGCAUCUUUGUGGAGUCGGUAGAAGAAGGAAGUAAGGCUGCAGAAGCUGGACUGAAGCGGGGAGAUCAGAUCAUGGAGAUCAACGGUCAGAACUUUGAAAAUAUCUCCUUCUCCAAAGCCGUCGACAUCCUAAGGAAUAACACGCACUUGUCCCUCACUGUCAAAACCAAUAUAUUCGUCUUCAAAGAACUUCUCAGCAGAAUUGUGCACGAGAAGAAGAAUGGUGGCCCUCACAUUCCCAAAAUCCAGGAGAAAAAAGGCAACCGCUUCUCCAUUCCAGACCUUCCUGGAGACAUGGAGUUUCCCACAGACCACAAAAGCACCAGGAAAAUGAAGGCCAACACUGUUUCUGGAGGCCGUAACAAGAUCAGGAAGAUGCUGGAGAAGACGCGGUUCAGUAUAUUGCCACCAAAACCAUUCAGGGGCCUGUUUGGUGAUGGUGGCAUGGGUCAGUCUCAGGACGACAGCAUCGUGGGUACCAAGCAGUGUCGACACAGUGUGGCCAUCAUGCCCAUUCCUGGAAACUUGUCCUCUAGCAGCCCUGACCUGCUGCAACCAGCCACCAGUGUCCUGGACUUCUCCAACCCUGCAGCUUUGGGACUUUACUACAUCCCUGACCAGGUGAUUCGGGUGUUCAAGGCCGACCAACAGAGCUGCUACAUUAUCAUCAGUAAGGACACAACUGCCAAGGAUGUGGUCUCCCACACUGUCAAUGAGUUUGGCCUCCUCGCAUCGCCAGAGACCUACUCCCUCUGUGAGGUGUCUGUUAGCCCAGAGGGAGUCAUAAAGCAGCGGCGUCUACCUGACCAGCUCUCCAAACUGGCAGAUCGCAUUCAACUCAACGGCAGAUACUACUUAAAGAAUAACAUGGAGACGGAAACACUAUGUUCAGACGAAGACGCUCAGGACCUCCUCAGAGAGAGUCAGAUCUCGCUGCUGCAGCUCAGCACCAUGGAAGUCGCUGCGCAGCUCUCCAUGAGAGACUUUGAACUCUUCAGAAACAUCGAGUCCACAGAGUAUGUUGACGACCUCUUUAAGCUGGACUCUUCAGUAGGAAGUGGUAAUCUGAAACAAUUUGAGGAGGUGAUCAACCAGGAGACCUUCUGGGUUGCCUCAGAGAUCCUGAAGGAGCCAAAUGCCCUAAAGAGGAUGAAGACCAUCAAACACUUCAUCAAGAUUGCCCUGCACUGUAGGGAGUGCAAGAACUUCAACUCUAUGUUUGCAAUCAUCAGCGGUCUGAACUUAGCUCCAGUGGCUCGACUACGGAGUUCCUGGGAGAAAUUACCCAGCAAGUACGAGAAACUGUUUGGGGACCUGCAGGACGUUUUUGAUCCAUCCAGGAACAUGGCCAAGUACCGCAACGUCCUGAGCAGCCAGACCAUGCAACCUCCCAUCAUCCCUCUGUUCCCCGUCGUCAAGAAGGACCUCACCUUCUUACACGAAGGCAACGACUCCAGCGUAGAUGGUCUGGUGAACUUUGAGAAGCUGAGGAUGAUCGCCAAGGAGAUCCGACAUGUGGUGCGGAUGACGUCGGCCAACAUGGACCCAGCUCUCAUGUUCAGACAGAGGAAGAAGAGGUGGAAGAGUUUAGGGUCUCUAAGUCAGGGCAGUACCAACUCCAACAUGCUGGACGUACAGGGUGGAGCCCAUAAGAAGCGAGUGCGUCGCAGUUCGCUUCUUAAUGCAAAAAAGCUCUAUGAGGACGCUCAGAUGGCAAGGAAAGUGAAGCAGUACCUGUCGAACCUGACGGUGGAGACGGAUGAAGAGAAACACCAAAUUAUGUCUCUUCAGUGUGAACCGGCAUACAGCACCCUGUCAAAGAACUUGAGUGAGAGACGAUCCACCAAAUCGGACAUGUCCCCGGUGUCUCUACGAUCGGCUCUGCCUUCAGGGAAAUCCCAGAACAGGGUGUCACAAGUCCUUCAGGUCCAAGUCCCUUUGAACCCUCUACGGAAGAAGAGCACCCCUAAGGACUUAAGUACACCCAACUCAAAUUCUCCCCAGGUCGUGAAGAAACCUCCUGUGACUUCUGCAGAGGAAUGGAGCAUCAAGAGGCCGUCUGAUGACACCGUCUCCACCAUCUCCUCCCUUCACUCCAGCCCCACGGUGUCUCCUCAAGGCUCUCCACGUAAAGUCGGAGGCAUACCGAAGUCACAGAACUCCAGCCAAAUGAACUUGUCGGGGUCUUCAUCCUCGCUAACCAGUGACGCUAGCACAAAGGCCAGCACAGUCAGUCUACGCAGCUAUGGCAUAGGUUACGCCCUCCUCCCGGCCGGUAAGGCAGACAACCUGUCCGACUCCAGCCACAGUGAGAUCUCGUCCCGCUCCAGUAUCUGUUCGGUGGACUCCAUGCCGACCCCCGCGGUUGACGACAGGUGUAACAGCAGCAGCAACAACAGGACCUGUACUGCUGCUUCUACUUCUACUACUGCUACCGCUGCCGCUGCUGUUACUGCUGCUGCUACUACUACCACAACAUCCACUGCUGUCGCUGAGAGUGCAGCAGCGACACACGCACAUUUAAACGCUGAUUACAACCAGCCCAGCACAAGUUCCUGCUCGAUGGCCCGAAGUUCCCUGAACCGAGUCUCCGCCUUCACGUCAUCCAACUCGACGGAGGAGCUGACCCCAGACCACACGUCUCUAGACUCGGUUGCCGACAGCGGCCGCGGCAGCUGGACGUCCUGCUCCUCCAACUCCCACGACUCCUUCCAGAGCCUCCCUGCCUCCUCCUGCCGGCCCUGGGACCACGGCAUCCACGGACACCCACUCUCCCUGCCGCACACACACCUGGGCGGUUUCAAGCACACACAGCUGGGUGGCCCGAUAGCGGAGGUGGAGGCCGGUGCUAAGGUGUGGGCCAACGAUGCCGCCACCUCGAAGCAGCACUCCAGAGACUCCAGCUCCGAUCCGUCCAAUCAGUCUCGACAGAGCUGGGCGUCGUCCAGCUCGCUGUCGGACACCUACGAGGGAAAUUACGGGACAAUAAAAAGGCGAAACACUUCGGAGCACCCCUCCUCACCAACCAAUGAGGAAGGAGGGCAAAGCACAGACCCCACCUACAAAACGGUGACGUCAAGCACAGAGAAGGGCCUGAUAGUGUACUGUAUCACUUCCCCCGCCAAGGAUGAGCGUUACCGUGCUCCCCCUCCCACCCCUCCAGGCUACCAGGGUCUGGCUCUGGGGGAUCUGGGCCUCACCGAUGGAGUAGGAGGCGGCCCGGGGGGAAGCCUCCCACCCAGGCCUCCUCACCUCAGACCUCCGGACUACAGCGUGGCCCUGCAGAGGAGCAAACUCAUGCAGAGCCCCGGAGCGGCUGGAAAUCUGGCCGAGGCCCGGAGACUGGCCGCGAACCCACACCUCCAACAGGGCCAGGGCCCCUCCAGACCACCCAGCAUCUGCCUCCCACCACAGGGGCUGGCUGACAGCGAGGACGAUGAACAAGUGUCUGCAGUGUAAAGAUGGAGUCGUCCUAUUCAUACACACACACACACACACACACUGACGAAAUGAUGUUGAUCGGGCUUCGGACUGAACUAGCGGCCUGCCAUCAUCACAUACCAGAGCACAUCGUCCAAUCACAGCCGUGUAUGACAUUCCCACGGACCACAAUGCACCUCCAGAGGGUCAUGUGACCUCUCCCUCACUCCAGGACUAAUAAGCAUCAUCUCUUUUUAAAUCCAUUUAACACGUGAGAAGAAGAUAAAGGUUUUAGAAACUUAAAAAAUAACACAAAAAAAAAAACUCUCGAACAAAGCAGCAGAGGGAUAUUUUAAGAGAUAAAAGAAGGAAGGAGUGACGGCGACGACGCCUCAUGAGAAGAAGUCAGACUCCUUGGAAACAGACCACCGUGUACCUCCAUUUUGCGCUUGAAGCUUUCUUGUCUAAAGGUGUUUCAUAUUGUUUUAACAGUUUGAACCUGUUGUACAGUGAUCUUUUUUGUACAGUUUUAUUUUUCUUCUUUGCAAAGCGUCAGUGUGAGAACAGUGAGAAGCAAACAAAGGGAUGGAGCUGUAGGUAGACAUAAAAGUAUUAGAAUUUACAGCAAGUUCAUGGGGGAGGGGUCUUUUUUAAUAUGAGUUGAUUUUUGGGGUCAAAAUAUUGUAUGAAUGUAACUGUAGUGAGAAAAACAAUACAGUUUGAGAUUCUUGGAUGUAAUUUAUUAAAUUGAAUUACAUCAGCUCUAAUACUCAAAUCCAAACAAAAUGCACAAAAACAACUUUUAUAUCGUCACUUCUAUAGAUUAAUAUGGAGUUCAUUUCAUUCUAAAACCUGCCAAAA